AACAAAAUUGGAUAAAAGAUUUAUCAAAAAUGCAUUUUUGUUUAAACGCGGAAUUAUGUAAUUGUUUUGACAGUGGUAUUUAAUUUUUGUUUAUGUUUAUGUUUGAGAAGGAGACGAAGAAGAGAGUGACUUUAUUUUUGGUUAAUGUCUUCUUCGUGAGAGCGAUUCCUUGAUUCAGAGGAAUCAAAACCCUUAUCUUCCCCAUUCACAAACCCUAGAUUUUGUUUCUCCAAAGAUUUUACCUUUUUAAUUUCCUCUUGAUCUGUGUGAAUUUUCCAAUUUCAAUUCUUUUUUGUGAUUCGAGCUCAAUUUUUGUAGAUCAGAGAGAGAACCCAGAAGAAUCGAGUUUUUUUUUUGGGUUCAGCAUAAAUCGAAAUCGUAAAGCUUUAAACUUUGUUGAUCUGAAUUUGAGUGGGAAACAAUCGAAUUCGAGUUUUUGAUGAUGAUUUGAGGUGGGGGGGUGGGCGGUGGGGAUUUUUAAAAGACGAUGACUGGAUUGGGCGUUCGAUCCAGUAGCUAUGGUUCCUUGGAGAAGACGGGACUUAACGGCGUCGUUUUCCCUAUCCAGACCACUGUUACGACGACGCGUACAAAACCAUCUAAGAUGCAGAAAGAGAGGGAAGGUAUUGUACAUUGGAUCUGUAAAUUCGUUGGUCGUAAGAAGAUCGGCAUGUUGCUUCUCUUCUUAAUCUCCGCCGUCGUCUUCCUCCGUGUCCUUUACGUCGGCAAAGGUGAAGAUGGUCAGGAAGUUCAAGGUCCACCGAGUCUUCAUUUCAAUGGCAGUUCAGGUGUACAUUUUUCAAACAUGUUAGAGAUAAAUGAAGAUCAGAACAUGAAUAUUGGAAAUAUUUCGCUCAAGGCAAAAGAUGUUGUAGUGUUCCCUCCUCCUUCUCCUCCUAUGCAUUUUCUUGGAUAUACGCUUCCUCAAGGACAUCCUUGUAAUAGUUUCAGCUUACCUCCCCCACCAGCAGACAGAAAAAGAACAGGACCACGCCCAUGCCCUGUAUGUUACCUUCCAGUAGAAGACGCUGUUUCCUUUAUGCCAAGUGCACCGUCAUUUUCCCCUGUUCUUAAAAACUUAACGUAUAUAUACGAAGAACCACUAAACAGAGAUACAGAGUUUGGAGGGUCAGAUUUUGGUGGUUAUCCUACUUUGAGACAUAGGAAUGAUUCUUUUGACAUUAAAGAAACAAUGAGCGUACACUGUGGGUUUGUCAAAGGACCUCAACCUGGACGGAAUACAGGAUUUGACAUUGAUGAGGCAGAUCUUCUUGAAAUGAAGCAAUGUCGUGGGAUAGUCGUUGCUUCAGCAGUAUUUGAUGCUUUUGAUGAUGUAAAAGCCCCACAAAAUAUCAGUAAAUAUUCAGAGGAAACAGUUUGCUUCUACAUGUUUGUCGAUGAAGAUACGGAAAGAAUUUUGAAGAAAGAACGAGGCCUUGAUGAAAACAAGAAAGUAGGGAUAUGGAGAGUUGUUGUUGUUCAUAAUCUCCCUUAUUUAGAUGGAAGACGCAAUGGAAAGGUGCCUAAGCUUCUUGUUCAUAGGAUGUUUCCAAAUGCUCGCUAUUCUUUAUGGAUUGACGGAAAGCUUGAGCUUGUCGUAGAUCCAUAUCAAAUUCUUGAAAGGUUCUUGUGGAGGAAAAAUGCUACUUUUGCGAUCUCUAGACAUUACAAACGAUUUGACGUCUUAGUGGAAGCCGAAGCAAACAAAGCGGCUGGUAAAUAUGAUAACGCUUCUAUCGACUUUCAGGUGGACUUCUACAAGAAUGAAGGGUUAACCCCUUAUUCAGUGGCAAAAUUGCCAAUCACUAGCGACGUACCAGAAGGCUGUGUCAUUUUAAGAGAACAUGUUCCCAUCAGCAACCUCUUUACUUGCCUUUGGUUUAACGAAGUUGACCGAUUCACUUCUAGAGAUCAAAUCAGUUUCUCAACAGUAAGAGAUAAGAUUGCAGCAAAAACAAACUGGACAGUAAGCAUGUUCCUUGACUGUGAAAGACGCAACUUUGUAGUUCAGAGAUAUCACCGAGCAGAGCAAGAAAGAUUUGCAAGGCAACGACCUCCGGUGCCUAAUUUUUCUCCUCCACCGCCUUCACCGCCCCCACCGGUUUUAAUGAUCAGCGAUUUGCCUAGGAAAAUGUCAAGUGGAAGGGUUAGCACAACACCACCUAGAAGACGUGGAAGAGACAGAAGGUCUCAAAGGGGUCACAGGAAAGCUAAUUUGCCUGUAAGAUUACCAGAUUCAGCUUAAGAGUUGUUGGGGUUCUCCUUCUUCAUUCAUCACCAAACCCACAAAGUUGCAAAUUUUUACCACACAGUAUGUUUAUUUUAUUUUUUGUUUCUCUAUUUGAUUCUUAAGGAUUCAAAAUCAAUUUUUUAUGUAUAUAUAUAUACACGAACAUUUUGUACUUGGAUAAUAAAUUAUAGUUUUGAAUUUUUGAAGAAAGUUAAAUCGACCUACCUAAGAGACU